AUGCUGGUCACUGUGUACUGUGUUCAGAGGGACCUCUCCGAGCUAACUUUCUCCCUCCAGGUCCGCCCUGACUUUGAACUUUGCAACUUCCGAGUCCUCUGUGAGCUCGAGUCUGGCAUCCCUGCUGAAGAGAUCCAGAUUUUCUACAUGGAGAGGCUCCUCGCUGACGACCACUCUUCUCUGGGCUCCUAUGGCCUCAAAGACGGUGAUGUGGUGGUUUUACUUCAGAAGGAGAAUGUGGGACCUCGGCCCUCAGGUCGCUCAUCAAGCCUGCGUCUGGCAGAUCUCACUGGGAUGGCCAUGCCGGGGACAUCAAGCCCCCGGCAGCAGCAGCAGCAGCGGGCACACUCAUCCCGGCAGUCCCAUGGCCUAGACUCUGGAGAGAUGACGUCUGCUCAAGGUCUGAGCAGCCCUGCCCUGAUUCGAAGCAUGCUGCUGUCCAGUCCCCAUGAUCUGUCUUUGCUGAAGGUACGCAAUCCUCCCUUGGCAGAAGCCCUGCUCAGUGGAAACCUUGAGACGUUUUCUCAGGUCCUGAUGGAUCAGCAGAGGGAAAGUGCCCUGAGAGAGCAAGAGAGGCUUCACCUCUACUGUGCUGACCCAUGUGAUUUGGAAGCUCAGGCCAAAAUAGAAGAAGAAAUUCGGCAGCAAAACAUCGAGGAAAACAUGAAUAUAGCGAUAGAAGUGGCUCCAGAGAGUUUUGGACAAGUGGCUAUGCUCUAUAUCAACUGCAAAGUGAAUGGACAUCCUCUGAAGGCUUUUGUUGACUCGGGUGCUCAGAUGACUAUUAUGAGCCAAGCCUGUGCUGAGAGAUGUAAUAUAAUCCGUCUGGUGGACCGAAGGUGGGCCGGGGUUGCUAAAGGGGUGGGCACACAGAGAAUCAUGGGCCGAGUCCAUCUAGCUCAGAUUCAAAUCGAGGGCGACUUCUUACAAUGCCCUUUCUCUAUCCUUGAGGAACAGCCCAUGGACAUGCUUCUAGGGCUAGAUGUGCUCAGGAGACACCAGUGUUGCAUUGACUUGAAGAACAACGUGCUGGUGAUCGGCACCACUGGCACGCAGACUCACUUUCUUCCUGAGGGAGAGUUGCCCCCGUGUGCUAAGCUAGUAAGUGGUACUGGGCAAGAAGAGUCUUCAGCCCAGGAUGGCAGAUACUAUUAA